CCAAAAAUAUAUAUAUAUAAAUUUUAAAAACCACGUUCGGGGCCGCUCUGUGUUCAAAUCGUGAUCGGGAGCCGUCGAUUGGAGCUCCGCCGCAGAAAGAGGCUGACGGGCUAAGCCAAGCGAAGUGCUCCAUCUGUCUCCAUCGUGUCGCUGGAGGCUGCGGCGAGGUGAUGCUCCAUCUUUGGAUCGGCGGCCGGAGCCGUUUUUCCUGAAAGCCUGCUAUUAUGCAGGGAGCAAAGGAGACUGCGAGGAUUAAAGGGGAAAGAAGCACUGGUUUAGAAAACAUUUGGCACUCUGGCAGUGUAAGCCAACUAUGGUCGACCCCUCAGAUGUUGAGGAGCAGAAUAAGUGCAAAGGGCCACAACUUGAGACACCAACUGUGGCCGCUGAAGACUCUCGACUACCAGAACCGUCCGAUGACACGACAACUGAGGAGGAAGGCGAUGCCGGUUUCGAGACACCGCCCACUGGCAGCUCGGAGCCCAGCCCCCGCCACACUGCGUCUCCGGUGGGGCCGCAGGUCAGCACACAAGGGGCAGCACCUCAGCAACCACCGACUCAGACUGACGCAGAUUUGCCACCAAAACUUCACUUGGACCUGUACAACUUUGAUUCGCCCGAGGCGGAGGGCAGUCGUUAUGUGUUGACGAGCCCCCGCUCUCUGGAGGCAUGCGCUCGGUGUGGAGUCAAACCCGUGGAGCUGCUGCCCCGCCCGCUGGCCGACUUUGUCCGGGAGGCUCCGGGCCGGUCCAUGCGUGUCGCCACAGGUCUCUUCGAAGUCUAUGAGAAGGACAGACAUGGCAAACUCAGGCAGUGCAGGGAAGAGAGGGAGAGGAUCAUUAGGGAAGAGAAAAGACAGAUUCUGCAGGCAGCUGUCAACAGCAGUACGUCUUCAUCCUCUGUGGAUAAAGUCACAUCUGGGAUCGGUGUGCCUCCUAAAUCUGACACAGUUUCCUCUAGCUCAAUUCCCAAUGUGGGAGUUCCCACUAAACCUGCAGCAUCGGGUGCAACUAUCCUAUCGAAAGCCUCCACCUCUACUCUUAGUACCUCCCCAAAAUCCAUGCAAUCUAGAACUACCCCACCUGCAAAGUCUGGGCCCAAAACAUCCCUUCCACCUUCUAAGGGUCUAUUUCAAGGAUCAGUCAAAGCUUUGGUAUCCGCAUCAUCUGAACAUACAAAAACCACACAUCCAGUUUCAUCCGGUCCUCCACCGGUGCUCAAGAAAUCUGCCGGUGGUAAAUCUUCCAACACUUUUCCCAGAUCAACACCAAAACCUCCCUCCUUCCCCAGAGCCAACUCGACGUUAACAUCAUCAGUGUUGAAGCCUGCUGUUCAGAACUCCAACCCGCCACUGAACGGAGUUACAAGAGGGCUGUUUUCUCAGCACAACGGAUAUCUUGGAUUCCAGUCCAAGGCCCGAGGGAAAAGCCAUUCCCUGGAGUCUUUACAGAGGAGAAUGGAUCCUGUCUGCUGCUCAACCUCCACAACCACCACGACUACAUGCACCUCAUCAGAGUCCGGGACGUCAUCUGCUUACAGCUGGGACGGUGCACGAGAUCACUGGGCCAAAAUGUCAAGUCCUCGAGCUCGCACAAUGGCCACCUUCAACUCGCUGAUGGGCCGCAGCCUCAGCCUCGGAGACCUCAGCCACUCCCCUCAGACAACACAGAAGGUGGAGCGCAUCGUGAAGGAGGUGAAGCGUCGAGGACUCAAGGCCGUGUCCGAGCGCGACCGCAAGAUCGCAGCUCUGAUGCUCGCCAGAUAUCAGGAGGAAGACAUCAUGAGCCAGACCCGCUACGUCGCUCACCUUCAGUGGGACAGCGAGCGCCGGAUGGAGGAGCUGCGGCGGGAGCAAGAGGACAGGGAGAAGCAGCGGGCGGUGCUUCAGUGCCAGCGAGUGUGGCAGACCCAGGUUUCGAUACGUCAGCAGAAGAUCUGCCAGCAGGAGCGUGACUCAGCCGCUGCCAAACUACGGCAGGCAGAGGAGCACGAAGAGCGCUGGAAGGAGCUGGCAGAGCAGCAGGAGCGCAGCCGUCUGCUGAGGCUGCAGCAGGCGGCGAGAGAAGAGAAGCACAAGAAAGCUCUUCAGGAACAGAAUCUGAAGGCCCUGGAAGAGGAGAGGGCUGCAGUGCUGGAGCAAGAGAGACUACUCCUGGAGGAGAAGCUUACUAUAGCUGAAUUGAAGAGGCAGGAGCGAGAGCACCAGGCCCAUGAGGAGAGGCGAGGUCUGAAUAAAGCAGAGAGGAGGCGUCAUGCUGCCCUCAUACAAGAAAUCGCCCGUAGAGAACAGGAAGAGAGGGAUGAAGCCAAGAGGGCGGCAGAGGAGAAGCUCAACCGCUCCCUCGAGAACUACGAGCAGAUAGUCGAACGUCGGGGGCAGGAACUGAAGGAGAAGGCCAAGCGUGAGGAGAAACAGAUCCAGAAGGCUCGCAAGGCAGCAGAGAAACGCGAGAAGCAGCAGCAGCAGGUCCUAGAGGCCCGUGUGAAGGAGGCCGCCAAGCGAGCCCAGCAGGCCGCCGUGGUGGCCGAGGAGAAGGCCAAGGAGAAAGCCAAACGGGCCGUCCAGAGUCGGCAGGAGAAGGAGAGACUCCAAAAGCUCAACAGGCAACGGGUGGAGGAGGAGGAGAGGCAGAGGCGCCUGGAGCUCCUGCAGUCCAUCGAGAGGAAGCUGGAGAAAAGCGAGCAGAUCUUCAGGGAGAAGAAGGCAGUGCUGGAGAGCGCCCGCUCCGUGGCCCAGGCGUCCUUUCACGUGCGGGACAAGGUGCGGGAGGAGACCAACAUGCGCACUUUUGACAAGAUGGCACUGGAAGCGCAGCUCAAAGCGAGUCUCGAUGAAAAGUAAACCCACAGCUUCGCCGUAAACCGCCAGUCGUAUCAUCGGCUCUUGACCUUUAUCACUCAACAUGUUACCCUUCUUCCAAUCAAUACAAGUAAUAUUCUUACAUUACAUAUCAUUACCCAUCAGCAGAUUUAUUAUACUUUUGACCACUUUUCCCAUGAAAGUGAAAGUGAACAAAUGCAGAUUUGUAUUAUUGCCGUAUUAGGGACAUAAACCAUAUCAGUAGGUAUUUCUCAACAGUGAAGCCCUUUAGUCAGAUGAAGCCAGCUUAAUGUUUAGAGUGGACAGAACAAUUUUCUUCUUUUUGUGGCAACACAAACCGCUCUGUCUCUCUCUCUCUCUCUCUCCGUCUUUUUGCCCUUAGCUGUGUCUUAUUUCAGCCACUGGACUUGAAGCUGUGCUGGAAUGAAAGAGUCAUUGUUUAUCUGGAAGCACAACUUCACGACAGCUGCGGGAGCUUUCAAGGGAACACUCCUAUUAGUGGGAAAGCAAGCCCGAGGGAAAGGCUAAACACAAAUGGUUCCCGGCCCGCGCAAGUAAAUGACAAGUCCCUCCCACCCCCUCUUUUUUCUUUUUCUUUUUCUUUUUUUGUACAAACGCAGACAGUUUGGAAGUCAAGCCCGAGAACGGAAGCUUGUCCGUCCUUUCGGCGCUGACGGUGGACAUCGCACCAUAAGCAUUCCUCCUUCAAAUUCUCUUCAGGAACUCUCCGUUUUAUUUCCCGUUCGUGUUAAAGUACAGUCAGCACUAAAGAGAAGACCUCCACUCGACUCCCCGUACCAUCCUCCUGCUUCCAACACAGCGUCAUGGUGACCGUCUCCCAGUCAACAGGUCCCAGAGGUGAUUGAGAGCAGAUGACUGAACCAAGCCUGAGCUUUCUGCACAACAAGCACUUCUCCUCUGUGAAAUGCACCUAUAGGAAAGCUGUUUAUACUCAGUUUUUUUUUUCAUCCGCAAUUACCAUCAUCAUCGUCAAUAGGCUGCAGAGGGAAGCAGCUGCUUUUCUGCAUCAACAAAUCAGAUGUACACGGUUCAAAAACAGCUUUAUUCAUACCAAGGCGUGCUGAUCAAUCUGUUCUUUUUUUAUUUUUUGUCCUUAUAACCUUCUUAUCUUACAUGUUGGCUUUCCCCCCAGGUUUUCUGGUUAUUUCAUGGUUUUGUUUUUCUUUUCUCUCUCUUUAAACUACUGUUGUAUCAGAAAAGGUUUGAGAUGUAGCAAUAACGAAACGGUUAAGGGCGACAAGCGGAUGCAUCCGUGAGACGGCUGUUCUCGUACACGCAAACAGAAGCGGACAAAUAAAGAGAUUUUCCAGGUG